GUCCUUUCCAUACCGACGCCCGGCGUCUUUCAUUGUGCGUGUGGUGUUUGGAAUUUACACUUACAAACCCCUCUUCAAAAAAAUUCGACGUCAAAUCUCACACUUUGGACUAAAAUGUCGAGCCGUCCGAUCCUGAGUAGGCCACGCACACGCAUCUACGAUGCUAAUUAUAAUAUUGGCGAAAACUAUUACAAGCCAACAAUUGACAGACUUGACCGGAAGUACUACAGACCGAUAACUCCACCACCAAGGCUUACAGCAGUUCCUCAAGAUAUUCUCGAUAGACAUGAAAAGGCUUUUAUGGAUGAAGAUUUGCCAAGCUUUAGACGUCGCGCUGAAAAAACCAUCACCGAACCAACUCUGUUCGAUUCAAGAGGAGGUCGUAUUUCAGCCGCUGCUCUUGCUGCCGAAGAUGCUUUCGAUGAAGAGAUAUCCUCAGCGGUACAACGCAUUAGAGCGAGCAAGAAAGUAGCCGUAAUUGAUGAUAUUGAUAUGGAAAGUACUGCUGGAAGCUUAUUGAAUCGUCGUAUAAAAGAUCGUGCUGAUAAACUAUUGGACACCGUUGGAAUCGUUGAGGUACAACCCCAGAAAAAAGAGGAUGAAUACGUGGUUAAACGUAGAUCUUUAAGAUUUACUAAAACUGAAGAUGAUGGUGUUGAUAGUAAGGAAUUGACGAAGUGGACGCCUAUUAAAUCUGAUAGAGGGGUUUUUGAAGAGGAAAUGGCAGCGAAGCAGAGGGCUAGUGCUACUAAAGCAAGAUUAAAUGAAAUCGAAGAAGAAAUGAAUGCUUUGGCUGAUAAGCAAGCAGCAAGGGAGAGAAGAGCUGCACGCUUAAAAGCGAUUUUAGCUGAAGCUCAAACUGAUAGUGAAGAAAACGCUUCUGCCGUUCAAUCAGUAAGGAUUUCAGCUCGUAAAGAAAAACGAACUAUUGAAAUGUAAAUUAAAAAUAUUUAAAAUGAAUUAAUUUAUUAAUUUGAAAAUCAAAAAUUCGAGUUUUCUUUUUUCGUCGUUGAGUUUGUUUAUUAUUAAUGCAUAUUACCUUUUCUAUUACCAUUUUACCUAUCUUAUAAAAUUAUCUACUUGUAUGAUACAUACUCCUCUAGUAUGCUAAUAGAUUUUCCUAUUUUUCGCUUCCUAAUUGUAUAUAAAUGUAUAAAAAAUAUGUUUAAGACAAUAAAGUAUUUUAGUGUGA